AUGCCUAUUGCUGCCCUCCCUGACGAAACGAAGCGGCUUCUUGGGUCUACUUCCACCAUCACUACACCGGUCUCGCUGGUCAAGGAACUAUUGGACAAUGCGAUUGACGCCAAGGCCACAACCAUAGAGGUACUCGUGUCACACGAUACCAUUGACAAGAUUGAGGUCAGGGACAAUGGCAGUGGCAUUCACCCUGACGACUACGACUGUCUUGGCCGACGCGGAUAUACAAGCAAGCUCAAGACCUUUGAUGACCUUCAGCGCUUGGCUGGCACCACUCUUGGAUUCCGUGGCGAGGCUCUCGCAGGUGCAAACACUUUGGGCAAGGUCUGUAUCAUUACCAAGACGCCGUCGGACUCUGUUGCUGCACUUCUUCACAUCCGUCCAGGAGACGGAGGCGUCCUCGAGCAAGAGCAAGUUGCCGCACCCAUUGGCACAACAGUGCGUGUUUCUCAGCUUUACCAUGAACUUCCUGUCCGUCGGCAAAUGGCUGUGAAAGAAUCCAAAAGGACCAUUGAGAAGAUCAAGGAUUUGCUCGUCUCUUACGUCAUGGCAAAGCCACAUAUCAAGAUGAUCUUCAAGGUCUACAAGCACGCCAAUCUGAGUUGGAGCUAUUCACCAAGACGACCCGUAACUCUGAAAGAAGCUGCACUCCAGAUCCUCGGCAAAGAAGGAGCAUCACGUUGUGCUGAGAAGACUUUCGAUGGCGAUUCUCCUGCGAGUCUCAAAAUCACCGCCUUAGUCUGGCGGCCGGACACAGAAGUUUUACGUCUUCCGAAACACCGUUACUUUUCUGUUGACGGAAGACCCGUUACUGGUACUGCGGGCACGAUGCGGAAGCUGCUUCCCAUCUAUCACAAGUAUCUCGAGAGUGCUUUGCCCAGUCCGGAUGAGAAGGCACUCAAUGUAGGUGAUGUCUUCCUUUGCGUCAACCUUGUGAAUCCAGGACCAUACGACGUCAACAUCACCCCAUCCAAGGAUGAGAUUCUAUUCGAAGAUGAGGAAGCCAUUCUCCGAUGCUUUGGAAAUUUUUGCGAACAGAUAUACGGCUUGCUGAAAACCGGUGGCAGACACGAAACACCACUACUGCGCCAAUCUCAGACCUUGGCCAGCGCAAAAGGGGUAGAGACGGGAACAAAUGACUUGGAACCAUCCAUUUUUUCAUCAGGUUGGACUGCAAUCAAUACUAAAGCCCCCCAAAAGGGACCAGUUCAAACCCCUGUCAUCAGUGAAGGCAUCGUCUCAGACCAGGCUGUACUCUCUACUAGUAUGUCUGACGACCUCGGUGAGCGAUUCGCUGCUCCAAAUGAUAUGAGAAAGACUCGUCCGCACAAUAUAGAGACCAAAAGAAGAUCUCCAACUAUUAGCAGAGAACAAGAAGGCACAGAGAGAGGACAAAAAGAGGUGGGAUUUGGGCGCGGACGCGAAUUGGAAUCGACUUUGAACGGGACUCCUCUGGAUGUCGCCAACAAUCAGCAACACUAUGCUGCACCUGUCCCCGGGAUCAUAUCUGCCCUACAACUGGCAAAUAUUGAUACGAGAGCCUUCACGACAACGACACCAGAGCCUGAAAUAAUGUUGCAUCGAGGAGCCCCGCCUAGAGACCUUGAUGUUCCACCCAGAAUGCGCCUGCCAUCGAAUCGCAGCCUCGAAAGAGACUUGACAGACAAUGCUGCGGACAUCUUCGCUCCACGUUCUGAUCCGAAUGAGAUCUUGAGCAAGAAGCGCAACACCUCAACGCAUCGUCGGGCGCAACCGCCGUGGACUCCACCCUCCUCGGUUCAGAAAAGUCCAGAGCAGUGGCAAGACCGCUACACAGCAACCAAUCAUACCAAGCGGAACGGUACGAGGCAGAGUACUAUUUCUUUUGGUGGAUACAAGAAUCCAGUACAUUCGCAUAGCAAACAGAAAGGAGGAAGAUGUCGUUCGAAAAAUGUAGCUCCAGCCAGAGAAGAAGAUCGAAACUCUUUCAAUAACGUGGGCCAGGAUCCUCCGUCUCAAAUUUCGCAUGGAGUGUACAAGUCAAGUGGAGGGGACUUGACACAGCUGCGCAUGCCUCAAGGUGGCACACAUGAAGUGACAAUUCGCAACGACCUCACCCCGUUGCACUCCACGGAACUCCCGAGCAUCGACGAUCUGAUUUCGAACAAUCCGCCGAUCAAGACGUCGCUACAGAUGGGAGACCCGAGGGCAUAUCUACUUCGUCACCAAAAGUCCAUGGAGGCGGAUGAAGAGAGGGGUCGACCAAGGAAACUCAGAAGAACGAAGAGUUUACUCCUGCCCCUUGAGAACAUCGUGGAGAGCGACCAGACCCGACAACUAACGUUGGUAAUUCGACUUUCUAUUUCCUACAUCUCGACUUGUGUGGAACAAUUGGGGCAAUUUGAUCGGUACAUUUUCGAAGGUGACAUUGAGGAAGCUCUCGAUAUGGAUCUGAGUGAAGCUCGACGAAUUGAAAAGAGUUGCGAUGGUAUCUUGUCGAGCUGGGAUGGUGCUGAUGGUGAUGAGGUCAAGUCCAAUCUGAGUUCGGUGCUCAAGGGCAAAUCGGUGGAUGUUACCAAGUAA